AUGCACACAAAAGACAGACCCUAUGAAUGCUUCACUCAGAGCACAGUCCUUAUUAUGCAUCAGAAAAUACAUAGAGGAGAGAAACCCUAUCAAUGCUAUGAGUGUGGGGAAAGCUUCACUAACAGCUCAGGACUUAUAAUCCAUCAGAGAAUCUACACAGAUGAGAAACCCUAUCAAUGCAGUGACUGUGGGAAAAGGUUCUCUCGGCGCUCAGUGCUUAUUAUCCACCAGAGAAUCCACUCAGGUGAGAAACUCUAUCAAUGCUGUAAGUGUGGGAAAAGCUUCACUAACAGCUCAACGCUUAUUACUCAUCAGAGAAUACACACAGGUGAGAAACCCUAUCUAUGCUGUGAAAGUGGGAAAAGCUUCACUCGGAGCUCACACCUUGCUAUACAUCAGAAAAUCCACAUGAAAGAGAGACCCUAUGAAUGCAGUGAGUGUGGGAAAAGCUUCACUCACAACUCAAAACUUAUUGUACAUCAGAGACUCCACACAGGUGAGAGACCCUAUGAAUGCAGUGACUGUGGGAAACGGUUCACUCAGCACUCAGUCCUUAUUAAGCAUCAGAGAAUCCACACAGGAGAGAGGCCCUAUAAAUGUGGUGAGUGUGGGAAAAGUUUCACUCAGCAUUCACACCUUACUACACAUCAGAAAAUACACUGAGGAGAGAGACCCUAUGAAUGUGGUGAGUUUGGGGAAAGGUUCACUCAGCGCUCAGACCUUACUACGCAUCAGAGAAUCCACACAGGAGAGAGGCCCUAUAAAUGUGGUGAGUGUGGGAAAAGUUUCACUCACAACUCAAACCUUAUUGUACAUCAGAGAAUCCACACAGGUGAGAGACCCUAUAAUGCAGUGACUGUGGGAAAAGGUUCACUCAGCGCUCAGUCCUUAGUGCACAUCAGAGAAUCCACACAGGAGAGAGACCCUAUGAAUGCUGUGUGCCGCAAAAAUGUCUAG